AUGCAUUUUACCUGGGUCCCAAUCCUUUUAGCCAUGGUAUCUCGUACCAUAGGCCUGGCCAUCAAGACUGCGAACGACGACCAAAAUACUUCAAACCAGACCCACGUACUCGUCUCAUGUCGAGAGGUCAAGGACGCCAAGGAGCUGGUCCUCCCUUCGCCUGUUGCAAACCACACCAAAUUAUGCGAGGAAUCAGGUGGUGAGGCUACUUGUGGUGCGUGCGUCUUACCUGAUGUGAGGAAGAAUCUGGAUUAUUAUAACUUCGCUUGUGCGGAGGGGAAGGGAUAUCCGUCGACGUUGGAGAAGUAUUCGGAGGAGAAGGCUAAAUCUGUGGCUGCUGAGAGGUGUUCUGAUGAGGGUGAUGAGUCUGAUAGUGGUGAUGAUUCAGAUGAUGGGAGUGAGUCUGACUCGGACUCUGAUUCGGAUGACGAUGAUGAGGAGUGA